AUGAAGGGAUGGAGGUUUGCGGCCUUUCUGCAGGGAUGUGUCUGCUUUUCCUCUGAUGCUGCACAUGCCGAAGGAAGUACAAUAGUAAGGCACUGCAAAGGGAAAAAAAGGAGGGGAGGGCGUGUUGUGGAGCCGUCGUUGCAGCGUGUUUGUUUGCGUACCGCGCUGGCCGGUGCGCAAAUGUACAGUAGAGGGCGGGAGGGGUUGCGCAACCUUGACAUGGCGCUGGAAGCGCUGCGCCAAGGUGCUCUCAAGGAGUCACGCGCAACCAGUGUGGAGAUGAGGCGUUAUAUGAUUCGCGAGGAUGUCCGUCGGCAGAACCAGCAGCCUCAACGCAAACAACAGGAACAACAACAACGGUUGCAAGGAGGGGAAGGGCAGCAAGCGUCGUCUUCCGCACUCUCCGUGAGCGUGCAUGGUUCCCCCACAGAGUCGGGGGCUCUGUCGACAUCGAGGUCGGUCGGUGCUGGGGGAAAUGACAAGACCAGUGGCACGGCCAAGGCGGAAGGCCUUCUUCCAGUGUGGUACGACGGCUAUUGCCCGACACCACCGGGGACAGUAGAGCAGGAGCCAAAGAGACGUGCGACUACUGCUGCCUGCAACGAGGCGGAGUGCGGUGCUGCUGGUAGGAUAGGAAAUGGCGAGGAGAUCGACAUGGUCGUAGAUGUCAGUCAGCGUGUCUCGCAGGCAGAGCGCACCCUGUAUCCCGUCCUUCUCGCCGAAGUGGCGGAGUGCGCCACCACGGACGCGAGGAAUAACGGGGGGAUUGAAUUGGGCGUGGGCAGUAGUGAGGUGAUUGAGUGGGAUGAGCGUGGGGCACCCGUGCGGCUACGGAGUUUGUGGCAUCCAGCCAGUCCGAGGGGACUUCUCCCCGUGCCUGGGGUUGCGGAUGAAAAGCGGGAGUCUGUGACGGGUGGCGUCGCGCUUUCUGGUCGCACCUCCGCAAUGAAGACAGAGACAACGGCGCAGAUCCCCGAGUUUGGUACGAAGUUGUCUGUUCAUCCCCACGGGUACGCUCGGCAGGGGCAUCUGUGGACGUCGACGCCUAUUACGGUGAAUCCAGCGCAAAAAGGCGUCUCUCCAUCUCGUCGCGGGGAUUCGCGUGACACAAGGGCCAAGGGCCUUAUGAACAACACACGGCAGAUGAUGCCCAAUUCGCGUGACCCAAGCAACGGCACACGCGGUCGCAGCAGGCCGCCGCUCUCUACGGAGGGUACAGCUGUUGCUGAAAGUAGUGCGAGCGCCAUCGCCAGGCGAAUUCGUCGGGCAGUCGUGAAAGAGUGCAUGGCUCUGGUUGAGAGUGAUAAAAACGGUGUUCAGAGUGGAAGUUGCUCCCCUCCCUCUUUGGACCUCGGCCUUGGCGGUCGCUGCUCCGUAGUGUACGAGCCGGAAAACGUGGAGUGCCUUGUUGCGCAAGUGGUGCAUCCUGUCGCGGCUUUCUUCUGCACCUCCUGUGGGGCCUGUUCAGCGCGGGAUGUUGUGACAGGUGACCCAAACACCUGCGCUGCGUGUGGGGAACCCUUCGAGGAGCUCCCCCCGCCCCCCCAGCACGCAUGCCUCAUGGACACAGUAGUGACGGAAAACAGAAACAGUGCCGCUUCGCAAGCAGCGGGUGUGGCGGUAGGACCCCCGGUGUCAGUGAAGAAGAAAUGCGCAGCGACAACGUCGACGAUGGCCACCACCACCACCACCACCACCAAAGAAGCAACAAGAGACACCACGAAUGCGUGUACCGGCACGACUCCUACGGUGACAAAAGUGGCUGCAGGUACGCAGGCUGGCCCAAGUUGCAGCAUGCCCCGUCUCGCCGUGACUGCCGUACAGGGGGUUUAUUUUAUGCAUCUAUGGGACCUAGCCACUGCUGCCCGCAACAAGUGA